UGUGUGUGUGUGUGGUGAGGGCGGAUGUACUGUACUCACCGCAGUCUAUGGUACUCAGAGCGAUUCAGUUUCCACGUAUUUUCAGGUCCCUCGUUAUUUUGUAUUGUGGAAAAUUUCGUUCACUGACACGUACGGUAUAACAUAGGUCGGUAUUAUAAGACUUUCGGUUCUCUCACCAGCUAUUUCUAAAGGUCAAAGAGGGGAUCAAUCGGGUUCUAAUGUGUGUUUCUUUGGGUUCAUGGUACAGAAGAAGGGUCAGAAUGUCAGAGGGGAUCAAUCUGGUUCUAAUGUGUGUUUCUUUAGGUUCAUGGUACAGAAGAAGGGUCAGAAUGUCAGAGGGGAUCAAUCGGGUUCUAAUGUGUGUUUCUUUAGGUUCAUGGUACAGAAGAAGGGUCAGAAUGUCAGAGGGGAUCAAUCGGGUUCUAAUGUGUGUUUCUUUAGGUUCAUGGUACAGAAGAAGGGUCAGAAUGUCAGAGGGGAUCAAUCGGGUUCUAAUGUGUGUUUCUUUAGGUUCAUGGUACAGAAGAAGGGUCAGAAUGUCAGAGGGGAUCAAUCAGGUUCUAAUGUGUGUUUCUUUGGGUUCAUGGUACAGAAGAAGGGUCAGAAUGUCAGAAGGGAUCAAUCAGGUUCUAAUGUGUGUUUCUUUGGGUUCAUGGUACAGAAGAAGGGUCAGAAUGUCAGAGGGGAUCAAUCAGGUUCUAAUGUGUGUUUCUUUAGGUUCAUGGUACAGAAGAAGGGUCAGAAUGUCAGAAGGGAUCAAUCGGGUUCUAAUGUGUGUUUCUUUGGGUUCAUGGUACAGAAGAAGGGUCAGAAUGUCAGAAGGGAUCAAUCAGGUUCUAAUGUGUGUUUCUUUGGGUUCAUGGUACAGAAGAAGGGUCAGAAGGUCAGAAGGGAUCAAUCUGGCUCUAAUGAGUGUUUCUUUGGGUUCAUGGUACAGAAGAAGGGUCAGAAUGUCAGAGGGGAUCAAUCAGGUUCUAAUGUGUGUUUCUUUGGGUUCAUGGUACAGAAGAAGGGUCAGAAUGUCAGAGGGGAUCAAUCGGGUUCUAAUGUGUGUUUCUUUGGGUUCAUGGUACAGAAGAAGGGUCAGAAUGUCAGAGGGGAUCAAUCUGGUUCUAAUGAGUGUUUCUUUGGGUUCAUGGUACAGAAGAAGGGUCAGAAUGUCAGAAGGGAUCAAUCAGACUUAUAG